AAAGAUUUAUGAAAACUGAUGUGAAAUGACGUAAAACUAAUGCAUCCGUUAAACAGACAGAGAGAUUGGAAAAUAUAUUAUAAGCAAAAGUUUUCGCAUAAUUUCUCAUUGUUUCAACAAAAGUAGAGGCCAUUCAUUUGCCAUACAGAUUACACUCAUAUAUAAUCGACAGUAAAUCAGUUUAAACUCAGUUUGCAAUCAAUAGUUACUGGUAUUUGAUUUAUCAAACAAUGAGAAUAGCUAUGAAAUCGAUUGUAAUUUUGGUGACACUGUUUUGUGUCUUAAUUGAGGCACAAAAUGUGGGUCAGAAUAAUAGAGAUUCAUCUCAACGCCGUCCCAACACUUUUAGGCGACGUCUUCCUGUGUUCAACAGAAAUCCUGUCGACUCUAUUGAAUAUUCUGGAAGCAGUGAGGAAUCGGACGACUUUGGCCGAGAAUAGAGCCAAAGAGCAGAUUAAAGAGCUCAGAGUCCACGCCAUCGAUACGUUGACGCGUUUGAAAACAUUGGAUAAACAGGUUUUGCAACUCGAAACGUAUCUCAAAGAAGUGAACGAUACGUUUUUGGCCACAAAACAAGAGCUUAACAAAGAAUAUACUAAUCAGAAGACCAUAAUUGACAAUCAAAUUGAAGGUUUAGGCACUGAGAAGAGUACAGUAUUGGAGGACGAGUCGAAGAGAUUGGACAAAAAGAUCAGCGAUAACAUUAAUAACAAAUUGGUUCCGCAGAUGAGAGGUUUGGGCGACGGUUUCGUUAAUAUAGACGACACCGUCUCAAACCUGUCCACUGUCUCAGAGGCCGAACAACAGUAG